UGCGCGCGCACUGCUUGGGCUGCGGCUUUUUCUCUGGCCUCCGCGGCGCGCCCCUCCUCGCCCCAGCACUAGCGGACAAGCGGUUCUUUUCCGUGAGGUUUACGAGAGCCAGGUGCCGGCCGGCUGCGAAAACGCGCAUCCCCUCCCUCGAAGGCAUUUCUUCACCCACUUGAAAUUACUUUGCUCCAUCCACUCUUUUCACCUUAAAAAACAAAGGAGUCAAUCCUGUUUUGAGAAACAAAGUUGUCAUCUACCAGGGAAGACUGGUUGCUGCUUGUGUGUCCCACCUUUGACUUAAGGGUCAUCUUGCUUAGGGCACUGCCAGCAGAUUGAUUUAACAGAAGAUAUAUAUUGUUCUUCUAAAAGGAAAAGAGGAUAUCUGUGUUAUUUUAUUGUCAGCUUCCAAAGAUUACUAACUUUCACUUUAUCACUAAAAUUCAACUGCCUUGGCUCUACUGCUCCUCUCAUUGCUGCUUCCAUUAUUGCCUUCUUCAGCAAAAUAAGGCUCUCAGAAGCCAAAGAGUAACAAAAAAUAAGCGCCAUUGUAGACACCACCCACCAUGAAACUUAAACUAAAUGUGCUCACCAUUAUUUUGCUUCCUGUCCACUUGUUAAUAACAAUAUACAGUGCCCUUAUAUUUAUUCCAUGGUAUUUUCUUACCAAUGCCAAGAAGAAAAACGCUAUGGCAAAGAGAAUAAAAGCUAAGCCCACUUCAGACAAACCCGGAAGUCCAUAUCGCUCUGUUACACACUUCGACUCACUAGCUGUCAUAGACAUCCCUGGAGCAGACACCCUGGAUAAAUUAUUUGACCAUGCUGUAUCCAAGUUUGGGAAGAAGGACAGCCUUGGCACCAGGGAAAUCCUGAGUGAAGAAAAUGAAAUGCAGCCAAAUGGAAAGGUUUUUAAGAAGUUAAUCCUUGGGAACUAUAAAUGGAUAAAUUAUCUUGAAGUAAAUCGCAGAGUGAGUAACUUCGGUAGUGGACUCACUGCAUUGGGACUGAAACCAAAGAACACCAUUGCCAUUUUCUGUGAGACCAGGGCUGAAUGGAUGAUCGCAGCUCAGACCUGUUUUAAGUUCAACUUUCCACUUGUGACUUUAUAUGCCACACUUGGCAAAGAAGCAGUGGUCCAUGGGCUAAAUGAAUCUGAAGCUUCUUAUCUGAUUACUAGUGUUGAACUUUUGGAAAGUAAACUUAAGACUGCAUUGUUAGAAAUCAGUUGUGUUAAACACAUCAUUUAUGUGGAUAAUAAGACUGUCAAUAAAGCAGAAUACCCUGAAGGAUUUGAGAUUCACAGCAUGCAGUCAGUAGAAGAGUUGGGAUCCAAGCCAGAAAACUCAAGCAUUCCUCCAAAUCGACCAUCUCCUUCUGACAUGGCCAUUGUCAUGUAUACCAGUGGUUCUACUGGCCGCCCUAAAGGAGUGAUGAUGCAUCAUAGCAACUUGAUAGCUGGAAUGACAGGUCAAUGUGAAAGAAUCCCUGGACUCGGACCAAAGGACACAUACAUUGGCUACUUACCUUUGGCUCACGUGCUAGAAUUGACAGCAGAGAUAUCUUGCUUUACCUAUGGCUGCAGGAUUGGAUAUUCUUCUCCACUAACACUAUCUGACCAGUCCAGCAAAAUUAAAAAGGGAAGCAAAGGCGACUGUACUGUCCUGAAGCCCACUCUUAUGGCUGCUGUUCCGGAAAUCAUGGAUAGAAUUUAUAAGAAUGUUAUGAGCAAAGUUCAAGAGAUGAAUUAUAUCCAGAAAACAUUGUUCAAGAUAGGGUAUGAUUACAAAUUGGAACAGAUCAAAAAAGGAUAUGACGCACCCCUUUGCAAUCUGUUGUUGUUUAAAAAGGUGAAAGCUCUUUUGGGAGGGAACGUGCGGAUGAUGCUGUCUGGAGGGGCCCCGCUGUCUCCUCAGACACACCGAUUCAUGAAUGUCUGCUUCUGCUGCCCAAUUGGCCAGGGCUAUGGCCUCACAGAAUCAUGUGGAGCUGGGACAGUGACGGAAGUUACUGACUACACUACUGGCAGAGUUGGUGCUCCACUUAUUUGCUGUGAAAUUAAGCUUAAAGACUGGCAGGAAGGUGGUUAUACAGUUCAUGACAAGCCAAACCCCAGAGGUGAAAUUGUAAUUGGUGGGCAGAAUAUCUCCAUGGGAUAUUUUAAAAAUGAAGAGAAAACAGCUGAGGAUUAUUCUGUGGAUGAAAAUGGACAAAGGUGGUUUUGCACUGGUGAUAUUGGCGAAUUCCAUCCUGAUGGAUGUUUACAGAUUAUAGAUCGUAAGAAAGACCUGGUGAAACUACAAGCUGGAGAAUAUGUUUCUCUUGGGAAAGUAGAGGCAGCACUGAAGAACUGUCCACUUAUUGACAACAUCUGUGCUUUUGCCAAAAGUGAUCAGUCCUAUGUGAUCAGUUUUGUGGUUCCUAAUCAGAAAAAGCUGACUCUUUUGGCACAACAGAAGGGUGUGGAGGGAACUUGGGUUGAUAUCUGCAAUAAUCCUGCUAUGGAAGCUGAAAUACUGAAAGAAAUUCGAGAAGCUGCAAAUGCCAUGAAUUUGGAGCGAUUUGAAAUUCCAAUUAAGGUUCGCUUAAGCCCAGAGCCAUGGACCCCUGAAACUGGUUUGGUUACUGAUGCUUUCAAACUGAAAAGGAAGGAACUGAGGAACCAUUACCUCAAGGACAUUGAGCGAAUGUAUGGGGGCAAAUAAAAUGUUGCUUUCUUAUUUCCAGUUGCUCAGAAGGUGGCCCAGUGAAUUUUUUUGGUUCUAGAGUUUAAGCCUUUGUUGAACUGUCUAUUAGAAUGUUAAGGUGUAUCAUUCUAAAGACAUGGUAAUUUUAAAAAUAAACCAAAAGUGAUUAAAUUAGUUAUAGAAUCUACUUUUACUUAGUUUUGCAUAGUUCUAGUGAAACAGAAAUCGGAAAAUUCUUUCCCUUUAGCUGUUAUUAAUUUUAGAUCAGACACUGUUUUUAAAAAUUAGCCUAAGAUACAAUUUUUUCAUAAAGAAAAAGCAUUUAAUGUUGAACAAAAUAAACUGAAGUUGGAGUAGAAUGUAGUUUGAGAAAAUUUGCAGCCUUCAGUGUCUAUUGUCUUCCUCAUAUAGAAGUUAAAAUAGUGAGCAUGACAAAUGUGUGUUAUCACUACUCAAAGUGCUACAGGUCUUUAAAUUCUCUUCCAUCCAUUUAUCUUGAAGGGAAAAUUCAGUCAUAAUAUAAUCUACACAGUCAAAUAAUACCUUAGAGGGUAUUUUAAGUUCAUACUAUUACAUAGAUUAGACAUAGAAUCAUUGUAAAAAUUAUUGUGAAUAUUUACAGUGCCUAAAGUAAGAACAAAACAACAUAUACAUACCAAAAAAUAUCUAGUAAUAUUUUCAAAGUAAAAUUGAACUGUUCUUUUGAAACUUUGAGAUCCAAAAUCAGUCAUUGUAAUUUCCUUGAAGAGGAAAGUACAUUUUUUGAAAAAUGCUUUCUGUAUUUGUUUGAAGUGAAGGGUGUUAAGACCAGGAGGAAAAUGCUAGAAAGGCAAUGCAAAUGUAACAAGAAGCAUUUUCUGUUAGAAAAGCUGGUAAAAUCAUGCCAUUUGGAAUGAUGACCCUUGUACAGCAUUGAACCUGAGACAGCUUUAGACUUUGAGUUUACCCUUGCUAACAGAUUGGUUUUCAAAUGUAUGUGUAUGAAACUACAUUUGUAAUUCAUGUUCUAUUUGCUGUUACCGAUUUGAUUCUUGAUCAGUCAUUUGCAUUUCAGAAAGCCUUUCUUUUUGCUUUAAUUUUUACAAAGCGGGUUAUGAUGAAUGACUUCCCAAAGUCUUGUUCAAACCUACGGGUGACUAAUUUUCCUGGGUGAGUUUUGAGGAAGUUAAAGGGAAGAAAACACUGUUAAUCACUUAUCUUUUUCCUGUUUGUGAAGAGUUCAGAAAUGGGAAAUGCUGGAUUUGGGAUAAGGGCAGAGUUACUUGAUAAAGGACUGAAGUGUGUGUAGUAACUUAGAGUGUGGGUUUCUUUUUAAAUCUUAUAAUUAAAAUCUGGGAUUAUAGUUCCCUGAUAGUCACACUUGAACUCUAGUUACUAUAAAAAGAAACAGAAGCAUAAAUUCUUAAUACUGUUAUUCUUUGCACUUUUUCGUAAUCAUUUUAUAUAUACAUAUAUAUGUGUGUGUUGCUUACAUUGCUUUGUACAAAUGUGGGCCACCACUGCAGGAAAAAUUCUUGUUGCUCUAAAAUAUUUAUAAAGAAAAUAUUUAAAUGUUAUGUAUAUGGUGGUAAUAAUGAAAAAUCAUCUGGUAUCUUUAGCAAGAUUGAAGGUUUCUGUAAUGAUUUCUGUGCAGUGGUUUGCAAAGUACAAUUUUAGGGGAGUUUUCCCUGAAGUUACGUAUUAGUAUUCUCAUUCUUCCUAACUUGCCUUUGAAAAGUGAAAAACCAUUAUUAUCAAGUUGACUACUAUUCAUUUUCUCCUAUUCCUGGCCCGCUGUUUAUCCUUUAAAGAUAAUUUUCUUAGACUUUUCCAAUAUGUGAUUCUCCUAUCUCCAUUUGGAAUGGUGAUUUUAAACAUAUGAGUGCAUACAUACAAUCUUAUCUCAGACAUCACCCUCAUCUCCCGAAAGCUGGAACACUGCCAAUGAAUCUGUUGAACAGGUCCUUUUGAAACGCAUAAUUAAACAUGUAAGGUUGGGUGCUGCUAAUACUUUGCGAAAUCCAAAUAUUGUUAAGGGACCAGGGAGAUGCCACUACCCCCUGAUUUUUUUUUCAUCUAAAAAAUCCAUGUUUAUGUAAGUGGAAAUCUUUCCAUAUUCAUAGUGACUUUUUAAGUAUUUGAGCCUAAAGAUUUUGAUCUCACAUUUUUAUACCUGUUUAGAUCAUUCACAGUUAUUAUAUGUCAGUCAUCAAAGUUGUACUUAUUAAAUUUACUACGAGUAUGUAUAUUUCUAAGUCAAACACUUGUGACUUUUGCUUUAAUGAAAGUAUCCUGCCUCUUUGAUGUUUGUAUUCAUUUUUUUGCCUAAAAUGGAGGUAGAAUUAUGUAACUUUUCAGAAAUGAAAUGCAAGCGAUCAAUUAAAAAUACUCAAGAAGUGAAAGAGAAUAUACUGUUUUCUUUGAUCUCAGAUUGAUUAGUAAUUGUUGCUUAUAUUUUCCUGAGGGCCUAUGACAAAUGUUUCUAAGGUAGCAAGAUGGGAACAGGUUAACAAAGGUAGUGAGGUGUUUUCAAUUUGGAAAGAAAUACUUCAAUUUUUUAAUGUAGUUACAAAUUAUGUAUUCAUAUUUGUAUCUUCUGUCCAAAUACAUGAUUGCAGGAUUGUUAUGUAGAUUUCAUGUUUACUUUUGAUGAAAAGCUUUGUUCUUGUUUUUAAGUUUGCACUCAAAAAUAUUGUUAAAUAAAUCCAACCCAUGUUAUCAAGCCUA